AUGGUAUCAUGGAACUCAAUAACAAGUGUUUUCACAGGACCACCAAGUGGACCACCAAGUGGACGCUCAAAUUCAACCUGGCCCGUUAUAAUAUUCUGGCUUUUCGUAGGUUGCGUAAAUGGCGGCUUAGGUGCGACGCUGACAUAUGUCUUGUAUCGUCCCCAAUGGUUAAUUCGCCGACUACGUAUUAACCCACCUCCUGACAACAUCGGCGAUGAUAAUAGUAAUGUUAAUAAUCAAAAUCGAACUCGACGACUAGUGGUUGAACGAGAAUCUUGGAUUGAUUGGUUUAGACAUCCUCGCAUCGUCUACAACUACACGUAUUAUAUGCAUCAACCUAGAUGUGAACGGUGUGGUGGUAAUAUAGAGCCAACCAACGGCGUUAAUGAUAGUGUUGAGCCGACUAAUGGUAAUGAGAGCAUGGUGUUAGUUGGGGGGAAUGAAAAUUUUUGA